GAGAAAGAGACUCGUGAUGAACAUCAGAAGACGAAGAUCAAUGUCCUAAUCUCAGAUCAAGGUUAAAUUACAUUUAUUAAAAAAAAAAUCCAUAUUACUAUUUAUAUUUUUCAACUUCAUUCUUUGCUUCCUCCUUUUCUAUUUAUCACGAGAUCUGUCUUUAUAUUUCUAUUUUCUUUUCUCUCUCUCUCUGGACGACAGUACUUGUUUCCUUUUUAGCUUCGGUGUUGAGUUUUUCUGACUUUCUUCUGAGAAGAAGAAGAAGCUGAAGGAAGAAGCCAUUAGAUUUUGCUUUUUAGAAACCAGAUAAAAAAAAAAAGUACGAGGAUGUCUCAUUCUAGAAGGCUUUCGUUAGAGCCUGCUAUUACAGGAAGGUUCCGCGACUCAUUGAGUUUACAGAGACACGACAACGAUGACGUCAUCAACAAACCAGACUUCCGAGAACUCGAUCUCGGCUCUCCCGUUUCCACCUUAAUGCCACGUGUCUCCACUUCCUCGGCGGCAGCGACUCCCACCAGCAGCUCCGGCUCCUCCGGCUCCGCUUCCGGAAAACCGUCGGUGGCGGGUAAAAGCCACUCCGGCGAGAUUCCCGGUGGCCCCGGAUCCGUAAUGCCGGCGGUUAAGAAUCUUAAACCGGAUCAUCGGAGAUCCUCUUCGACGGGGAAGCCGCUGAUCUUCUCCGGCUCUAGCUUCUCCCACUCGGCGACGAGCCACAGCUCCGCCACGUCAGCAGUGUCGCCGAGUCCCGCCGUUUUACCCGCCGGGAACAUUUGCCCGUCGGGUCGGAUCUUGAAAACCGGAAUGGCGACUCGGAGCUCGACCAGGGCCGAGACUCUCUGCACGGGAACGGGAAACUACGGACACGGUAACGUCGUGCGAAGCGGCGGCGGAGGAAGCAACCACUCGGCGAGAGCAGACGGUGAAAGCCCCGAGGAGCUGAAGAGACUAGGGAACGAUAUGUACAGAAGAGGAAACUUCUCGGAAGCUCUGUCUUUAUACGACAGAGCAAUCUCGUUGUCGCCGGAAAACGCAGCGUUUAGAAGUAACCGCGCGGCUGCGUUAACGGCGUCAGGACGGUUAGGAGAAGCCGUUAAAGAAUGUCUCGAAGCCGUUAGGCUUGAUCCGUCUUACUCUAGAGCUCACCAAAGACUAGCUUCACUCUAUCUCAGAUUGGGAGAAGCUGAGAAUGCAAGACGUCAUCUUUGUUUCUCCGGUCAAUGUCCGGACCAAACCGAUCUCCAACGGCUGCAGAUGCUGGAGAAGCAUCUCCGCCGUUGCUGGGAGGCUAGGAAGAUCGGAGAUUGGAGAACGGUGGUCAAAGAAACCGAUUUAGCCAUUGAGAACGGAGCUGAUUCGUCUCCUCAGCUUGUAGCAUGUAAAGCUGAAGCCUUGUUGCGUCUUAAUCAAAUAGAGGAUUCAGAUUUUUGUAUAUCUUCCAUUCCAAGACAUGAUCAUUAUUACCACACUCAACCACAAGCUAAACUCUUUGGCAUGGUGGCUGAAGCGUAUGUCCUUUGCAUCCAAUCUCAAGUUGAUAUGGCAUUAGGAAGAUUUGAGAGCGGUGUUGUAAAGGCAGAGAGAGCUGCGAUGCUAGACCAGACCAAUCCUGAGCUUGUGUCGGUUUUAAACAACGUGAAGAUGGUUGUGAAGGCACGUACUCGUGGUAACGAGCUGUUUAGUUCAGGGAGAUACUCUGACGCGAGUGUAGCUUAUGGAGACGGUCUCAAACAAGAUGGUUCCAACUCGGUAUUGUAUUGUAAUAGAGCAGCGUGUUGGUAUAAGCUCGGUUUGUGGGAGAAAUCAGUUGAAGACUGUAAUCAAGCACUUAAGAUUCACCCUAGUUACAUCAAGGCACUUCUAAGAAGGGCUGCUUCAUAUGGAAAGCUUGGUCGAUGGGAAGAUGCUGUCAGAGAUUAUGAGUUUGUGAGAAGGGAACUUCCGGGAGACAGUGAAGUUACAGAGUCUCUAGAGAGUGCCAAAAUCGCGGUGAUGAACAGAAGUCAAGUAUCUAAAAGCUUUGGAUACAAUAACCAAGUUGAAGCGGUUUCAACUUUGGAUAAGUUCAAGAACGUUGUUUCACUUCCCGGUGUCUCUGUGUUUCAUUUCAAAUCAUCAUCAAACCGACAAUGCGAAGAGAUAUCUCCCUUCAUCAACACUUUAUGCCUUCGGUAUCCAUUAGUACAUUUCUUCAUGGUGGAUGUGGAGGAAAGCGUGGCGUUGGCGAAGGCAGAGAGUAUCAGGAAAGUUCCAACGUUUAAGAUGUACAAAAAUGGAGAUAAGGUGAAGGAGAUGAUAUGUCCGAGCCACCAGUUUCUUGAGGACUCUAUAAAGCACUUCCUCUUAUAAUACGAAAGCCUAUGAUCAAUCAUAUUAUUAUCUGCUUCCCAUAAUCUUAUCCCAAAAGCCUAUUUUUAAGAAUUAAGAGAAGAGCUAUUAUUCUAUCAUUCAACAAAUUGUUCAUUCUUUUUUUUCUAUAUAAAUUUAUGUGGUUUGACUCUG